AUACUUGUUUAAGCUCCCAUUAUCUAAAUGAGGAAAUAUUUUACAGGAAGCACGAUUCAAUCGUUGUUAUGUGUUCCUCAGAGAAUCCUUACUAACUCGAUUUUUUUCGUCGCUGCAAGUUCUCGGCCAUCGAGCUGUCUACAAUGUUGGAAUUGGCCUUUUGAAGAGGCUUCUGAACCCUUCCUUUCUAGCGCCAUAAAAAUACCACAUGCCGCUACCAGCAUAAAGUGCCUACCUCAUCCUUCUAGCGUUCAAGCUGAUCAUCUUAUUUUAGCAACAACUAAUACUGGUUCUGUCUCAUUGUUUGAUUUGAAGUUUGACACUGGUACUAAAUCUUUUAGCGAGAUCUCCACUCAUUGCUUUCAUUCGGGCGCGGCUACAGCAUUGGAUAUUCUGUCCGGAGACACCCGUUUUGUGUCUGUUGGUGAAGAUGGAGUCAUUCACUGCGCUGAUAUUGAGAGUCUUCGUGUUAUUCAAAGCUUUUCGCAAGAUCCAGACAGUGCUAUUAAUACUGUUCACUCCUUGUCUCCAUUUACCUUUGCCACAGCGCUAGCGCACAGCUCGGAAGUUCAUAUCUGGGAUGCUCGCACUACAUCUGGAUUAGUUAGAAUACUUCAGUAUCCUAAACACUCAAUACCUGAUAUGCAUUGCUGUAUUUGGAGUAUAGACCAUCAUCCUGAUAAAUCAUGGCUACUGUGCCAUGGACUGUCUGGACUGUUUGUACAAAGUAACUCUUCGCUUGUCUUCCACGAUUUACGUGCUUCUCAGCUAUAUCCUAUUUUUGUCAAUAAUUCGCUACAUAAUAAUCACAUUUGGCAGGUGAAGUUUCAUCCUACGAAACCCGACUACAUUUUUUCAGCUUCAGAAGAUGGAUCUCUUGUUAUGUGGGACUUUUCAACAUUCAGUGAUCAACCAUACAGACAAUCCCUGGAAUCAUCUUCGGUCAGAAAUCCAUCUAUUAGACAUCAGGGUCAACAAAAUGGGAGAAAAAUAAUCAACUACGUGGCAUCCAUUGAAUGUUUUGAUAUUGAUAGCGGUCAUAACGCCAUCAUUUCUUCUACUGAAGACGAAUCGAUUAUUUUUAAUUUGGGCUCCAGUUUUUAGACCGAAGUCAAGCACUUUUGUUUCAUCCAAAUACAGCUGUUAUCAAAAGAUUACAUCGGCACUCAUUUUUUUACGAUGUACCUCAGGCAUUUUCCUCGCUAAUUAUGAAGACUGAAUUCUUACAAAAAAUACGAGCAACAGUCAACACUCACGAAAGUUACGGAGUCAAAAUGACGGAUUUUUUACUAGACUAGAGCUUCUUGCUUUGUCCAAUUCAUCUCUUGGAUAGUCGUGACGGGAUUUGUGCUAUGUUAUCUCCAUAUUCAUAUACAGAACUCAGCCAAGGUACACCCGUGGACGCGAGUAUUGAAUAACCAUAUGAUCUGUGGUAGAGCGUAUCAGAUUGUCCAUUUGGCCCAGUUGCACAUGAUUAAGCUUAUGUGUAUAAAUAAAUUCGAUAUAUAUAUAA